AGCUCGCAAAUGCCGCUCGCCGGAAACGAGUUCCAUAUGUCGCUGCACCUGCUCUCUCUUGUCUUACAGGUGGCUGGCAUCACUGCUGUUGCGUGGCGGAAGACCGACGAGAUCUUAUCGUUGAGGACCAAAUGGAUGCAUCUCAUCGGGGAGCGCUACGACACUGGGCAGGGCAAGGAAGCAGUCGAGUACUGGCGCGUCAUCAAGCCUGACAGGUAAAACGCACAGAUCAUUCAUCCACAAAUCCAGUAGCUGUACAUUGUCGCUGCGUGCAGCGUCAUCGUGAUAGUGCUGCACGAAGGCCAUAUCAUCCUCCCGGCACCGUCCUACCGUCCCGGAAUCGGCAAGCCCACCGUUGACUUCGUGGGCGGGCGGCGACGGAGUUGCAACGGCACAUCUGUCCGAGACGAUGCACUGGCACUCAUAAAGAAGGAGCUCAACGUGACUGCAGCUGAUGCGCGGACCCUUCGUGUGGUCAACGAGGGCCCCAGAGGCUAUGCUAUCGACAGCUCUUUCAGCAGCCACCGGCUGUGGGUGGCUGUCUGUCGGCUCAAAGAGGGUGUGGUGUUGCCAUCCGACUGUGUGCGGUAUCGCGUGAGUGAAGUGGAUGUGUUGCUGCGUGAUUUGGAGUGCCUGCAGUGCCGUGCUGCCCUGAUGGAGCUGAUGCUGAGAGAGCCGGGGCUGUUCAAGGAGAGGAGGGGGUGGGGGGGAUGGAUGGGGAGGACAGCAAUGACACGGCAUAGUUGAGUUGUGAAGCUAGCUUUUGCUGCUCUCCCUCCCCGGAGGAGUACGCGUAGCACGGACACCGAUCAUUGACGUGGGUCUGCUUGCGCUCCACUCACUCACUCACUCACUGAGAAAG